CAGCCUCUGAUGUAAUGUCUCCCUCUGGUGGAGAAAGAGUGGAAAAGGGUUUUUGGCUACUCAUUUCUGUAAAUUGCCAGCACAGACUUGUGUGACUUUUAUGAGAAGGGAGGAAAAUUAUCUGCUGAUUUAAUUUAAAACUCCUGCUUCCCAGAAACAAUACCUCAGAGAACCAACUGAUGAAUUUGUAGCUGCAAGACUACAAUCUAAUUUUUUAAAAAUGUUUGCUUUUUAAUUUAAAUCAUUUCACUGUAGCUCUGGCUGCAUGAUUGCAGUAAAUCAUAAGGGUGAACUAAAGCGUGGGGUAUUGCUUUAUGAACUGUUUAUGACUGUUUUGGACUUUCAUACAUGUGUCUGCUUUGUUGCUUGUUUUGCUGUUUGUUCAGUUUUUACAGAACUCCUGGAUUUAUAUUGGAAUCGCAUCCGACACCAGGAGAAUAAGAUUUUCUUUUUGUCAUCAGAUCAUCGACUCUUCGAGAUCUAUGGAUAAGCUCGUUGGAAACAACACGACGACGGAGAACAGCUCCUUGAACAAGUGGACGCUCAAUGAACCAGGCUUGUUCCACCAUCGGGACUCCAGCGAACUCCGGGUCUUGGUGCCAGCCAUCCUGGGAGUCAUCUGUGUUUUAGGUGUGGCGUGUAAUCUCACCGCAAUGGUCAUCCUGUUCUCAAACGCCCACCGGGGCAAACUGUCCCUCAUCAACUCGCUCAUCUUCAACCUGAUGUUCGCCGACGGGCUGGUGCUGGUGUUCACCGUCCCUUUCAGGGCUGUCUCUUACUCCAGGGCGAGCUGGAGCCUGGGGUGGGUGGUGUGCAAGACGGCCGACUGGUUCCUCCAGUCCUGCAUGGUGGCGAAGAGCCUCACCGUGGCUUUCAUGGCGAAAGCCUGCAGCCGAUACGUGUCAAACCCCACCAGGCAGGUGAGCAUCCACCUGGGCUCCAUCCUGGUGGUGCUCUUCUUCAUCUGGUUGUCUGCCUGCUCCGUCACCGUUCCACUGUGGCUGUUCGCAAAGCUGCAGAGAGAGGUCCGUGGGCUUGUGUGUGUGCUGAUGUUUCCUCCUGAAGCGAAAGAGUUCAUGUCUGUGUACGUCAAAGCGUACCCCUUAGGGGUCUACUGUGCACCACUCAGCUUUGCCCUGAUGUACUUCUGGAAGGCUUACGGACACUGCCAACAUCGCUCCAGUAAGUCUCAGAACCUGCGCACGCAAAUCCGAUCCAGGAGGCUCACCCUGAUGCUUUUCAGCCUGACCCUGGCCAUGGCUGUCCUGUGGCUUCCUCAGUGGGUGGUAUGGCUUUGGGAGAGGCAUCUUGCAGAGAAGGAAACUGAAGGAGCUCAGCCACUGACUUCCUCUCCUCCCCUUUUCCUCGCCCUCUCUGCUCAGCUGCUCACCUUCUCUCUGUCGUUGGUGAACCCUCUGAUUGUCCUCUUCCUCUCGGAGGAGUUCAGAGAGAGUUACCAGGGGCUGUGGAGGCGCCUCACCCUGCGCAAGCAGCCACCACCUAAGCCAAAGCCCGGACCCCACAAUCCUACCUCUCUCCAGUCCCCUUGCCCCAGACCGGAGACUUCCGGACAGCUGAUUGGAGAGAGAGGGAUCCAUUUCAGCUCCAGCCAGGAAACUAGCGGCAAGGCUCAACCUCCACCAGACCGAGGCAAUCCUGGCGGGGAAAAAGAGGUGGACGGGGUGAGCCUUAAAGACGGGGUCGUCUUGCCUGAUGUGGAACAGUUCUGGCAGGACAGGGAGACAGGCUCGCACAUGGGUGAAAACGAUCCGGUGCCGUGGGAGAACCAGACCCAAGAAGAGAAUAAAUAAUAACCAGCCAAUCGCCCACACGCCUCCACCAAAUGCUGCGACGUAAAUGAAUGAUGUUCUGUCUUCUGUGUGUGCAAUAUUGUUCAAAGGUAAGAUGUGCAAUCGGAACAAGUGAGACCCACAAAUAGAGCAGCAUCAUCUGCAUAUGUGAUAAGCUUUUGCAGUUUGUGAGGUAAUUAUUAGUGCCUGUAAAUUAAAACUUUAUGAUAGGAUAAAAUCAUUUAUACAAACUUUCUUUCCACGUAGAGUCCGUUCCAAAACAAAAAAACAAACAACAAAAAAAAAAAAGCAAAAAGCAGCUGGCUCAAAGUGUUUGCAAAUAAUUUCGACAAUAAUUUCAACCUCUACUUAAAGCUCAGUGUGUAAAAUUCUUCCUUUAAUGAACUAAAUAUUUAAACGUGCAUUUGUUGUUUUUAGAAAGUGGUUUGCAUGCAGCCGUUGAUGUGACAGUAAUUGGUCUCAGAUUUAUUCGCAACGUGUCCCUAAAUGGAAGCUGUUUUCAAUAAAUACGCUGUGAAAAUGUGGUCUGGCUUUCGGCUUUUGUUUCGAUUUGUUGCUGGUCCUCACACAGGUACAGUGAAGUCUUUGUGGGAUUGAUUCCUGAUGACAUUUAAUCAGUGACUAUUUUUUCACAGGGGUUCUAAUUAAAGCGCUCAGAUGAGAUGUCGGUGGUGUCUCUUGUAAUUGUGGCAUGCGGUAGAAAGCAACCUAUCUGUGGUUCACCUAUAGGCAUAAUCAAAGAUAUUGUCUUUUAAUUCAUACUUUGAAUCAUUUAGUUCUAAAAACCGUUGUCAGUUACCCAACAACUCCUAUUUUCUCACUCCCUUCCUACCUGACAUUUCCCCCCUCAUUGAUUAUUUAUGCUGACCUUUUAUUGCCAGAGGCAACUCAGUCAAUCAGAGCAACGCUUAACUGUAUAACCCAUCAUCAGUCCCUGGGGUUCCCGCCUGCCCAUAAACACUGAAGGUAGAAGAAAAUGGUUCACACAUUUAGCCCUAGCCAGAAAAAAAAAAAACUCCCCCUCACCCCCAUCAGCUGCAGAUGAGAAAUAAAAGUGUUGUUGCUGUAUGUUUAAAGACAAAACACAAUAUGGUGGUUGUCCCCAAGCUAUCUUGUUUACACCUCUGGCCCCGGCAUUCGCCCUGCUAAAUGAGCCAGUAAAUCUGUAGUUGUGGGAUUUUAUCCAAUUUCAGCAGAGAGCCUCGGAGCUAGGAGGCACCGAGCCCCAAAAAGUACAAAUUAGAUCCGUGUUUCAGGCUUUGACCUGAGCAACAAAAGCUGAAGCUCCAACACCGUCAUUGAUAAUCGGUGUGAGGUUUGUCCAAAUGAGGCGCCGGGUAUUCUGGUCGAGCAUCUCUAGUUUGGCCUCCUUUCUUGCUAUUCAUGCAGAUGGACCUUUGCACGUGAGCUCUGUUUGAAUUUUGUCAGGGAGGAGACGUUUUCCUGAGGAAGCCCUUGCAAACAUGCAUAUUCAUUGAUUCACGGCCAUUGGGAAGAUGCUAAACUUGCAUCGCAAACUUUCCAAAGUUGAGGUAUUUUUCUCACGUCAGUGCUGAUGUUUUACCAUCUUGAAAUUUAUGAUGCGGAGCAGCAAAAUGCCUUGACUCCUGCUUCCUUUAUUUGUUUGGUGCCUGUAUCUGUCGAUUAAAUAAAACGGUGUGGAUUU